AUGUCGUAUCCGAAAGCCACAGAAUUCGAGAAGGCAGCGAACGCUACCAAGAGCACCGAUGCACUCUCGAAUGAGGCUACGGAAGGUCACAACGACGGACAAGAGCCAGUUUCGCAGCGGUCAAGCGACACUCAAGCGACCUUGCGCCAAUCUCACCGGUUUUCUGCUACAUCUGACGCUACGGAGGGAUUCAAGAGUGUACCGAGCUCUCCGAUAGACGUCAACCCCCCUCCGCCCAUUCCAGAGGCUUUCAAACUCACAGAGAAACCGUCGAGAUUGGAGAGCGCUGCCGGGUCAACACCACGCCCGACCAUCGUGCUGCCCCUGCCACACACGGACACGAACACGAACACGAAGCAGCCACCAUUGCGAGUGCCCAAGAAGCAUAUCCAUACGCUAGUUUCACCGAAGAGGAGGAGGCGGAGGAGGCGACAAAGCGGAUUACGGGAUUUCAGCUUGAUGAUGAUACUUCAACAUCCUUUCUCGAUCAUCAUGGCCCACCUUCUCAUACUAGGCCUUGCUUGGACGUUUUUCGUCGUCGUUCUAUUCCAGGGCCCUCUUGUGCUUUCGCCAUCCGUCGCUUCAGCUGCGAAGAGCAAUCCCCAGCCCUUGGUAUUUGUUGUCACCCUCAUUGCGACGAUCAUUUCAACUAUAUCUUCAUUCUUCUUUGGUCUCUCUAUUCGGCUCAUAGUCAACCAUUACCUCGCGACACGUUCCAUGUCGAUCUUUUCUCUCGGAACGAGCAUGAAGAUCCUCAAUUGUGACUUUGUGUUCGAUAUGCAUCACCAAUGGUGGACGACGGCUGCAAUCCUUAUGUUUUUGGUGAAUAUUACUCUGAUCGCCGCUUGGUCUGCGCUAAUUACGCCAGUGCCUGUGAUCAUCGGGGCACCUUUAUCUGGGCUUCAGCCUACCGAAGGAUUCGGCUUCAACCAAGACCUCGGUGUGAUCAACAUCAUCCUCCUGCCAAUAACUUGCACCAGCUUGGCCCCUCUGACCCUUGUCUUCAUUGUGCUCUUCCAACGCAUGUUUGACGCUGCUGACCCCUGGCACGAGGACGAGGAGCUCGACGACCUGUCCUCCAAAACUGACUCGCGGCGGGCCUCUCAGCUCGAGCCCUCGCCAGAUACUCCUGACGGCUCGCCCACGGACAACCGGAAAUCCACCGCAACGACGAGCACGCAGAAGACCACGCUGAGCACCGGAGGCCCGCCGACGAUCCUCACGCGAGCCCAGAGAGAGCACGCGGCGCACCUUGCACACGAGAUCGCGUCGUUCGACUUGGGCAACCCUCUCCAUCUUCUUGCCACUGCCUCUGCGGGUGGGAUUACCGGUAUCGUGCGCGAUGGACUGAGCGAGGAGGCGGUGAGGAUGAGUCAUCCGAUUCGCCUGAGGCUUGGAAGGGUCGACCGGUUGGCGGCGGCGGCGGGCGCUGGGGUGACCGAUGGAGGAGCGGCGGCGAGUGGUGGCGGAGACGAGGUGGUCGGACUGAUGCAGGCGUGGUAG